AUGUCACAACACUCGGGCAGCGACUGGCCGGCGCUGGCUUACCAUGAGCCACCCAUCACCACGAUUCUGAUACAGUCUUCGUUUGUCUUGGCGUCCAACAUCCUCAACCAGGCUGUCAACUCACUCCUAUACUGCGGGCUCAUCGGACAAAUCCUCAUCGGCGUCGCCUAUGGCACCCCUGGAGGGAACAUACUUUCCCGCGACGUGGAGACCACCAUUGUGCAGCUGGGGUACCUGGGCCUCAUCUUGCUGGUCUUCGAAGGCGGGCUUGCGACACACUUUCGCUCCUUGAAAGCCAACAUAUUCCUCUCGAUUGGAGUGGCGGUGACCGGAAUUGGCGUGCCGAUUGCCCUGUCCUUUGUGUUAGGCACUUUAGUUGGGGUGUCGAAUCUCGAGUGCUUCGCUGCCGGUGCUGCGCUGUGUUCCACGAGCCUCGGGACCACCUUCACUGUCCUCCGAUCGAGUGGAUUGAGCCAAUCCCGGCUCGGUGUGGUACUGGCGAGUGCUGCAAUGCUGGACGAUGUCGUCGGCUUGGUCAUGGUUCAGGUGGUCGCCAAUCUAGGUGCAUCCGGCGCAUCGAUCUCCGCGACUACAGUGCUACGACCGGUGCUUGUGUCCCUCGGUUUCGCAGCUGUGACACCUCUGGUCUGCAUUGUGCUUGUCAAACCAGCGACUCUGCUCUUAAACAGCUACCGACAGACAUCUCCGGGCAGCCGUGUUGACAGAGCCCUCCGUACACGGAGCGCUGCGCUCGGCUUUCACACGGGCCUGCUGCUGGCGCUCGUCACCGCGUCUAGCUAUGCAGGCACUUCGAAUCUUUUUGCCGCAUACAUCGCUGGCGCAGUAAUCAGCUGGUGGGACGCGGAAGUGCCCCAUGUCGAGAGCUCUCAGGGGCCGCAGGCAGUUCCAGCCUCGGGGACAGAAGCGAGCGCCGUCGAAUCCGCACAGGUUAUCAGCUACACCGGCCACGAGGUGUAUGCGCACUACUACGAGCCCGUGGUGCAGAGGUUGCUGCAGCCAUUCUUUUUCGGGUCGAUUGGCUUCUCCAUACCGAUUGCCCGCAUGUUUUCUGGCAACGCGCUUUGGAAGGGCAUUGUGUAUGCCAUACUCAUGUGCAUCGCCAAGUUGGCAUGCGGGCUUUGGCUGGUGCGGUUCCCUGGAGUCGUCCCUGGCGUCAAGGCAUAUAUCAAGCAGCUCAAGCUGGAGCACCAGAGGCCAUCUCGGAUACAGACUGAAGCGACGGAACUUCAGCAGAGGGAGCCGGGAGAGCCAUCUGGAACUCAAACCCAGGCACCUGAGCGCCAAGAACCCGUUGAGAACAGUAGGCCCGAAGGAGGGGAGCCUGGCCACAAUGCCUCUGCAGUUGAUGGUCCUUCGACGGUCGAAGAGCGCCCGUCGGAAAGCAUAACAUCCGGUCAAACGCAGACGACAGAUGGCAAUGCAUCCCCGCAUCCGUUGAAGCCCUUGUCGUUGUAUCCCGCGGCUAUUAUGGGCUGUGCCAUGGUAGCACGUGGGGAGAUCGGCUUCCUCAUCUCCUCCGUCGCACAAAGUCAGGGUGUCUUCGGAAGUUCUAGCUCGGACGGCGGCUCAGAGAUCUUCCUCGUCGUCACCUGGGCUAUCGUUCUUUGCACAAUUCUUGGUCCACUAUGCACUGGCCUCCUUGUCCGGCGAGUCAAGAGCCUGGAAUCGGGGCGAGAUGGCCAAGCAGGGGUACAAAGCAAACAUGUACUGGGUGCCUGGGGCCCUUGA